CACCAGAUUCGAUUACUGAAGUUUCAGAUUUAUCAUUUGUGUAAUAUUUAUACCGACGAGACGGUGACAGAAAGUGUAUCUGGCAAGUGAUUUUGUAUAUAAAUUUGGGAUACACCUGACAAAACUGUGAAUUUCUGCCGGGCAACCGACUCUGCGAAUAUCGAACCCAUCUGUGAUCUAGCCACGAACUGCGCGAUAUGUUGGUGUACGAAGACGAGCAGCACACGGUGUUCGCGUGGAACGCCGUAGACGUCCGCGUCGACGGCCAACUGCAGCACGGCGAGGUGAUCGACGUGGCGGAGGGCGGCCUGAUCAUUGAUUUCCGCUGUGCGGGACAUCGCGCGCACUUUGUCGCCUACGGGAGCAUUUUCGACAGCCGUUACCAGGAGACCUGGCCGACGUACGUGCAGGUGCUGCUGCGCCGAGCAUCCGACGGCGCCUGGAUCUGGUAUCACGGGGAGGUGCUCCCCCUGGGGCCCUACCUCUCCAACCGUUCCGAGUACGUGGAAGUGUUGCUGCCUCAUGACACCGUCCGCGAACUGGUCCCCGUCGACCAGGUGCGCCCGCAGCCAUCGGAUGAGGACUUGCAGGGGUGCGUCGUGACGGAGAAGGAUUUUGUCAUUCGCAGUUGUCCGUUGCCUGGGACCUACUGGGCCGACGAGUCGCGUGUGCUGAAGGAGCUCUUUAAGGCGGAAUUGGGCCAGCGCUGCAAGGUGCGGUGCACGUCCGUGCUCAGCCAGACCAUGCUGUAUCUCCAGUGUCAGAACGCCGCCCCUCUGACAAUUCAGCAAGUGGAAGAAGCGUACGCCUGGGCGAAGAAAGAGGCGGAGACCGACUCCCCGUGCCCGACAUCCGAACACAUCUUCCGUCAAAUGGCUACCCGAAGCGCCAGCAAAAAGCGCAAAUCCGGACAGCCUCAAAAGAAAUUCCCGUUGCCGUCUGAACUGUUGGUAGACAUCUUCCAGUCACUGGACUCCAUCGGACGCGUCCGCUGCCGGCGUGUCUGUCAACUGUGGAACACCCUUCUCACCACCGACGCCUACUUCCCCGACGUGCGCGUCUCCGGCUGGCAGUCGGACGCUCCCGACCUCCCGUUCAUCCCCGACAUGUACUGGAUGGUGGUCUGCCUGCUGAAAUGCCUGCACCGCACCACCAAGACCCUGGUCAUCACCGGCCUGGAUAUCGUCCAAUGUCGGAGCUUGGCGGCGGUGGCUCGCCAUAUUCUCAGUGGUUAUCGCGUGCGGACGCUGGUGUUGAACGAGUGCCGCUUCAGCUAUCUGGAUAUGGAAGAAGAGGAGGAGGACUACUUCCCGGAUAUGGUCAAUUGUUUGGUCGGCUUGGCCGAGGAUUUCGCGGCGGACAGUCGCAUGGUGUGGAAGCGGUGCCGUCUGGCGCACGAUCAGCUGGAGGCGGUGGUGGUGCAGCAGGGUUUCCACGUCCGGUCGCGGGAGGAGAUGGCGUUGCAGGUAUGGGAGGUGUUCGAGAAGAGUUUGGUGCUGGAGCGACCGUUGGACCGGCCGGCGGUUAAGGACUGGAUCGCUGCGUGCGUUGAGCAACACGAUGACUCUCAGAUUGAUGAUAUUAUUAGGGCGGUUGGUAUGUAUCAGAGCGCGGAUCCGCGGCCGGCCACGCUGCACCGCGGUCGCGGCUGGACGGCGGCGGAUAUCGGGCAGCUGGACGUCAGCGAGAUGAACGUCCUGACGGCGGCCAGCUUCAGCGAAGCCAUCGAUCUGUCUCUGCCCGCUACCGACAACAUUGCCAAGCGCGGUACUCCCGUUGACCCACCUACCAGCUGGCCCUAUCCCCUGGAUGAUCCGGAUUUUGACUUUUGAGGACAUUUUGCGUGGCAGUCACCAUAUCGUUCCGACGCGUUAUCCAUAAUAAUAAUUACUAUAGUCUCUUGCGUUCGGUGCAUUGAUCGGGCUGUUUGCUGGCUCCUGGUUAGCGACGCAUAAAGAUUUCCCAGUUUUUUUGGUAUACGACAGGGGACCGUCUGAUCCAUAGAGUUGUAGCGCUUUUUUUAAAUUUGUGCAUUGGGCAUCUUUAAUCUUACAGUAGUGGUCUAUUUCUUGCACUUGACGUUGUAAAAAAAGCCGGUUGAUACACCGAACCGGUACGGUAUAGUGUGCUAGUUGCAAUCUGAAUAAAAAUGU